GGGUUCCGGUCGAGGACGUGUUGGACCAUUCAUUGCUGCAGGAGUUCCACCGUCUCCGUCCGGAUCGCCCUGCGCCUCGCCCUCCGGGUCGUCCCCGAGGCUGAAGCUGCGCUUUUAUGAAUAAUACUGCUCCGUUGAUUACCCAGUUUUGCUCUCCUGCGCCUGACUUCCCUGCCGCCAGUUACGCACUCCCUUACAUUUCCCCUUGAGUGAAUAUUUAUUUAUUUUCUCUUCUGUCUUGACAGCAGGAGGCAGAGAUCAGCUGAGGGAAUCCUCUCAAACCUCUGUUACAUGGACCCAGAUUACCAGCAUCAAGGUAUGUAUUGGUCCAGGUCUGAUUGUAACAGUCCCAGCAAAUUCACAUUUCAAUCUUUAACCCUAACCCUAAAUUCAAAUGUCAAAGAUUGUACUUUGUCAUAAUGAUACCUGAGUUGAGAUGCGUCUAGAUAUCAUUGGAUAAGCUGUGUGUCUGGUUUUAUAGUGACCAUCAGUGAGUAAAAGACAGACAGAUAUGAGUGGAUUCUUUACUUUUAUACUGUUCUAAGCUGUUCACAGAGACUGGAAGAGUUUCAUCCAACCAGAUCACACAAUUCUGAUUUUAGCAGACACUAUUAUCCAGAGCAGAUUUCUCACCUAGUCAGCUCGGGGAUUCGUACCAAGUGACCUUUUGGUUACUGGCCCACCGCUCUUAAUUUGUCAAUAGGGGGUGCUGUUAGCACUUUUUUUUUCAUGACGUUGCCACAUUAAACUGCCUAGUCCUCAAUUAUUGCUCGUACAAUAUGCAUAUUAUUAUUAUUAUUGGAUAGAAAGAACUCUAGUUUCUAAAACCGUUGGAAUUAUGUCUCUGAGUGAAACAGAACUCAUUCUACAGCACUUUUGCUGCCAGGGAGUGAGAUUUCAGAAAUCUUGGCCCCUGCUCCCAGGUCAGUUUAUAAGUCCCUGUGAAUGCUGUGGGGCUACAAACACUGCCUACGCCUUCCUCUAGAUGUCAGUAAGUGGUGACAAUUUGAAUGGGGUCGAUUGCGCAAUCUGGGACUUUAUAAAAGACCAAGAUACGGAAGUACCUUUCUUUUCAGCCGUGCGCUCGACGCAGAGUGGACGUCGGACUGGCCUCCUUCCAAGCUUUGGUUUAGGCACUUCUAUAUCCCCGGUCAUAUUUUUAUUCGUUUUAGGUGUUAAAGACAUCAUAAGGUAGUUAAUUUAAACCGUUUUAUAGCAAUUUAUAUCCGUUUAGUGCGAUUUUCUGGCAUUUCUUUGUGACGCACUUCCAAUAGUUGGACACUUUUCCAGUACAUGCCGAACGUUAGUGGCCAUUUCGACAGGACAAGAGGACAUCUUUCGACCAAAAGACGAUUAGACCGGAGAAAGGAUACAUUGCCCAAGAUUCUGAUGGAAGUUCAGCUAAUAGUAAGAACUAUUUAUGAUGAUAAAUCGUUGUUCUGUUGAAAAAUGUUAAACGCAUAUUCCGCCAUUUUCUUUGGGGUAGCUUCGCUUUGGCGCACCCUGUAUUGCACAGUAAGGAUAAUUUAAAAAAUGUAAUUCAGCGAUUGCAUUAAGAACUAAUUUGUCUUUCAAUUGCUGUCCACCCUGUAUUUUUUUGUCAAGUUUAUGAUUAUUUAUUCAUUAGACUAGAUCACUGUCCAAGAUGGCGCCCGACAUUUUCUGGCCAGUUUGGCUACUAUUCUCAUUGUAUAACCACGUUUUUUUGUGGCUAAAUAUAUGCACAUUUUCGAACAAACUCUAUAUGUAUGUUGUAAUAUGAUGUUACAGGAGUGUCAUCGGAAGAAUUCUGAGAAGGUUAGUGAAAAAAUUAACACAUUUUGGUGGUGAUAAUGCUAUCGCUCUUUUUGCCUUGAAUCAAUGCUGGGGUAAUGUUUGCACAUGUGGUAUGCUAAUACAACGAUUUAUUGUGUUUUCGCUGUAAGACACUUAGAAAAUCUGAAAUAUUGUCUGGAUUCACAGGAUCUGUGUCUUUCAAUUACUGUACGCUGUGUAUUUUUAAGAAAUGUUUUAUGAUUAGUAAUUAGGUAAUACACGUUGCUCUCUGUAUUUAUUCUAGUCGAGUUGUGAUGGUGGGUGCAAUUGUAAACUAUGAUUUCUACCUGAAAUAUGCACAUUUUUAUAACAAAACCUAUGCUAUACAAUAAAUAUGUUAUCAGACUGUCAUCUGAUGAGGUUUUUUCUUGGUUAGUGGCUAUCAAUAUCUUUAUUUGGUCGAAUUGGUGAUAGCUACUGGUGGAGAGAAAAAAUGGUGGACAAAGAAAAAUGGUGUCUUUUGCUAACGUGGUUAGCUAAUAGAUUUACAUAUUGUGUCUUCCCUGUAAAACAUUUUAAAAAUCAGAAAUGAUUGCUGGAUUCACAAGAAGUGUAUCUUUCAUCUGGUGUCUUGGACUUGUGAUUGAAUGAUAUUUAGAUGCUAGUAUUUACUUGUGACGCUAUGCUAGCUAUGCUAGUCAGCUUUUUUACUGGUGGGGGUGGUGGGGGGUGCUCCCGGAUCCGGGUUUCUGAGGCGGUAGAAGUUAAAGGCUAGGCUAUGUGACACCCUAGUAGUAGUACCAAACUGGCUCCCCUGACAAUAAAACAUUCUUCAUAGAUCAAUCAACCAUUACAUCGAACACUGGCGCUGUCCGAAAACUCAUACUAUCGUACAUUUUAAGAAUGUGAAAUUUAGAAAAUAGUACUCCAAAUGAGUCAUCUAAUGCGUGAUUACGUUGACUACCCAGCAAGGUCACCCAUGAUACAAGUCCAUAUUUUUUUUAAUCACUUCGAAAUUUGAUCUUUGGAAUAACUUCUGGUGCCAAUGGUUGCAUGUUUGAAUCCAGCGAUUGAAAGUUGCUUUUGAGAUUUUUGUUUCAAAGCCUAUCCAAAACCUUAACCAUUACCUUAACCAUUUGGAGUUAAUGCCUAAUCUUAAGAUUUCAGAGUUAAUGCCUAAACUUAACCCUAACCAUAAAUAUUAUGGAGUUAUUGCCUAAACUUAACCUUAAACAAUUCAGAAUUUGACAUUUGGGACAACUUUGAAAUUUGACAUUUGAAUGAAUAUCUAAUUCUGACGUGAGACUGUGUGAGCUUAUUGCAGCCCUGCCAUUCGUUCAUUUUGGUACAGUGUGUCAAUUUAUCUGAUUAUCAGCUGUUGUCAAACACGAGUCGGAAAAGAUAAGUGAUUUGUACUAGAUCAAACACCGAAGUGAGUAUGCAGUUUAAGUAUGUAGUAGGCUGGUACGGGUAUUAGGAUACACCCAUUGGCUACAGGGGCAUCAUGAUAUGCCUAUUGAAACUGAAAAGGCACGUGCCUCUCUUUAUUCAAUUGCAGAUAUAUAUUGAACAAACGUAAACGCAACAUGUAAUAAUUUCAACCAUUUUACUGAGUUACAGUUCAUAUAAGUAAGUCAGUCAAUUGAAAUAAAUUCAUUAGGCCUUGAUCUAUGGAUUUCACAUGACUGGGCAGGGGCACAGCCAUGCCUCGGCCUGGGAGGGCAUAGGCUCACCCACUGGGGAGCCAGGCUCAGCCAAUCAAUAAUAUUUUUCCCCACAAAAGUCCUUUAUUACAGACAGAAAUACUCCUCAGUUUCAUCAGCUGUCCAGGUGACUGGUCUCAGACGAUCCCGCAGGUGAAGAAGCCGGAUGUGGAGGUCCUGGACUGGCAUGGUUACACGUUGUCUGUGGUUGUGAGGCUGGUUGGACACCGCCAAAUUCUCAAAAAAUAAGUUGUAGGAGAACUAUGGUAGAGAAAUGAACAUUCCAUUGUCUGGCAACAGCUCGGGGACGUUCCUGCAGUCAGCAUGCCAAUUGCACGCUCCUUCAAAACUUGAGACAUCUGUGGCAUUGUGUUGUGUGACAAAACUGCACAUUUUAGAGUGGCCUUUUAUUGUCCCCAACAUAAGGUGCACCUGUGUAAGGAUCAUUCUGUUUAAUCAUCUUCUUGAUAUGCCAUGCCUGUCAGGUGGAUAGAUUAUCUUGGCAAAAGACAAAUGCUAACUAACAGAGAUGUAAACAAAUUUGUGCACAACAUUUGAGAAAAAUAAGCUUUUUGUGAAACAUUUCUGGGAUCUUUUAUUUCAGCUCAUGAAACAAGAUACCUACAUGUUGCAUUUAUAUUCAGUAUAAAUAUGCAGUACAAACUUUAUUUUCAAGUUUCCUAUUCACACAAAAUGUAAAGAUAUUAUAUUUGGCCUCAGCCAUUCAUAAGAUGGGUGUGACGCCCCUCAUAUUGGUGGCUUGGUUUGUUCUGAUACACUUUAUCUUCAUUUAAUUCCAUCAUCUAUGGAGAGAAACCGUACUAUAAGGAGGACUAUCCCACAGAUAAAGUCAAUUUCCAUAAUAAAACAUGCAAUUCUUCCAUCCUCGCAAUAUGCCCACAGUCAGCCAGUCUUUGCUCCCAUUAACCCUGCAUUAUGUUGCCAAGCCUUGAUCCUUGACAUUGAAAGUAGCUUUCUCCACCAUUUUCUGUCACCUUUGACCAUCUGCACAGAUAACUGGGUUGUGUUUGGGACAGUGGUUUUAAAGGGUUAUCUGGACUGGGCUGUUCAGACAUUUCAUUUGUUUUACCUUUAUUUAACUAGGCAAGCCAGUUAAGAACAAAUUCUUAUUUUCAAUGACGGCCUAGGAACAGUGGGUUAACUGCGUUGUUCAGGUACAGAUCUACAGAUUUUUACCUUGUCAUACAUGCAUCUCCCAAGACGCUCCUGCCAUGAGACACUGUUAAAUAACUCAGCAUUUAGGUCAACCUUUGGACUGUCAAAGUCCUUCAGAGAGAGAGAGAGGGGGAAAGAGGGAGAGAGAGAGAGAAGACACAGAUAGAGAUAACACCUGAGCAUUAGGAGAGCUCCCCCUUCGGACUGGGACUGGGAGUAGAGACAGGAGGAGGACAUGGCUGGGUACAAGCCCAGGGUGAUAGUUCUGAGUAAGAAGCCAGGUCAUAGCUUUGGCUUCUUCCUGAGGGUGGAGAAAGGCGAGGAUGGUCACCUGAUCAGGAACCUUGAGAUGGGCGGGCCGGCCGAGCUGGCGGGUUUGAAGGAUGGAGACCGCAUUCUCCGGGUCAACGGAACCUACGUGGAUGAAAUGGACCACUCACGGGUGGUGGACCUGGUGAAGGAGAGUGGUGCAUCCGUCACCUUCCAUGUUCUGGAUGUGGCGUCCUACAAGCAGGCCAAGACUGAGGGGGUGGACCUUUCUGACCCGCACCCCAAACCCACCCAGCCCACCAUGAACGGAGUGGCAGGAGAGGCACCCAAACCCAAACUCUGCUACCUGGCCAAGUCCAGCGGGGGUUACGGCUUCUCUUUACGCUCUGUUAAAGGUGAGGUGGGCAUGUUCAUGGCAGAGGUGAACCCAGGGGGUGCGGCCGAGAGGGCAGGGGUCAAGGCCAACGACCGUCUGAUAGAGGUCAACGGGGAGAACAUGGAGAACGCCACUCAUGACCAGAUAGUAGAGAAGGUCAAGGCAUCAGGCAGCAGAAUCAUGUUUCUAUUGGUGGACGAGGACACCGACAAGUUCUACAAGAACAAACGCAUCAGGCUAGGUGCGGGGCUAGCCACAGUGAAGUUCCUCCCACUGAAGCCACGCAUUGUAGACUUGAUCAAAGGAUCAGACGGCUAUGGAUACAUCCUAAAAGCUGAGCCUAACAAGACAGGCCAUUUCAUCAAGGACAUUGACAGGGGCAGCCCAGCUGAUAGGGCGGGACUAAAGGAGAUGGACAGGCUGGUUGCCGUGGAGGGAGAGGAAGUGGACAGCUGCAGCCAUGAGCAGGUGGUGGACAGGAUCAGGCAAUGUGGCAACAAGUGCUGCCUCCUGGUGGUCGAUGAAGACACGGACACGCUCUACAAGAUGGGAGGCGUGUCUCCUCUUUUCUACUUGGAAGAGAUGGGAUUCCUCCUUCCAGCGAGCCCUCCACCCAGCUACCCAGAGUGCAGCCCAGUCCUUGCCCCAGCCACCACAGCGCUUCUCAAGCUGUGUAAGAUGGAGAAGACCUCCGCUGGGUACGGCUUCCACCUCAACAGUAUCCAGGGGGUCUGUGGCCUGUACAUCAAUGAGGUGGUGAAGGGUGGAGCUGCGGACAGGGUGGGUAUGGAGGACGAUGACAUUGUAUUGGAGGUGGAUGGUGUAAACGUGGAGCAGAGCAGUCACGAGCAAGUGGUGGGGUUGAUCCGUAACAGCGGCAGCUCACUGGUGCUCCUAGUGGCUGGGAAGCAGGCCUACGACCACUUCAAAGUCAAAGGGGUGGCCAUCACACCCCAGCUCCUCACCCCCGCGCCCACAGCCAGGUCCCCAUCCCCACCCCCCCCCCCAGCCCAAAGACUUACACCAGCCCAGAUAGACACGCCAGCCACUCUGGAGGAAGUCCGAGAGGAGGAGGAGGAAGCUAAGCCAUACAUCCCACUGCCCCAGACACGAGAGAGAACUCCAUCUGUGUCUUCAGCAGCAUCAUCUUGCUCGAGUGUUGAUGAGAGACUCUGAGAAGUCACCAAUGAGAAACAACUUCCUGACCUUUUCUGUCUCCUGUCAACCUUUGUACCAUGCAGGAUAAUGUGGAUAUCUUGGCAUAAAAACUCUGAUCAAACUAAAUACAUUCCAAUGACAGAGUCUGUUUAAAGGUAUAAAUGCAAUUGGUUUAAAAUAGUAAUAAAUAGUUAUGUAUA